GCCUUUUCUGUUGUUUCAAAGCUACUGUCUCAGCGUAAACUUGACCUGCUGGAUGAACUUGUAUCAGCAGAGGUACUUCAGGUGCUGAAGGAAAAGAUUUCUUUGCUCCCUGAAAACCACAGGGAUGCUUUAGCAGCUGACAUUGACGCAAUCAUGUACACAACAGAAGGAGAUGUUCGCAUUUACUAUGAUGAUGAUGGAAGGAAGUUUGUUAGUAUUCUGAUGCGUUUCUGGUAUCUGAAUGGUGCUAACCUACCUGAUGAAGUACCAGGUGAAACCAAAGUUUUCCAGAUUGUGUUUGGAGAUGAAAGCACAAAAGAAAAAAGACAUCUUUUAACAGCAAACUAUGAGUUCCAAAGGGAAUUUACAGAAGGAGCAAAACCAGAUUGGACAAUUACACGGAUUGAACAUCCAAGGCUAUUAGAAUAAAUGCCUUCUACAGUCUUUUUAUGUACCACUGUAAAUGUUCCGAUGUAACAAAUAUCAGGCUUUUCUUGGUCUCUUUUUUCCCUUCCUGCCUUCUGCUCCAAAAGAGGGAUGAGUUUUGUAUGUUUGAUUUCCCAGAAUUGUUUCUGAAACUCACACUAUGCUGCAGCAUUACAAUAAAGCCUUUUCCCUGGAACAGGCUAGUACAGGUUUAAUUAGUACUAAUGCUCAUCCGUUGCCAUCCAGACAUUUACACAGCGCAGUUUCACGCAGGCCGGUAUUACGGGUAUGUCGACUUCUUACAUUCUGAGAAGAAAUGGUACUACUUGAAGACAAACAACACUUUCAUGGAUGGUGGCCCUU